AUGAGCCUUCAGCCAACAACUCAAUCUGCUGAUAGCGUGCUUAUGCAGACCGUGUCCUUUUAUGUAACGCGACUUUUGCCCACGGAGCACAAUGUACCAAGUGUUGGCCGUGCUCCUUUGGUCAGUGAAAUUGGUCAUCGAAAGCAUACUCCACUGGAUCUCUUCCUGCCAACGUCUCCGGUAUUGAACUCGAUAAGACUAGAUAAAAGCUGA